AGAGGCGGUGGGCCUUGCGUCGCCACGGCGCCGAGCUAAGGGUGCCGGGUGGAGCGAGGGGCCGGGAUGUGUCUACUCCUGGGGCCCAGCGGCGUCGGGAAGACGCUGUUGGUGAAACGACUGCAGGAGCUGAGCUCCCGGGAUGGGAAGGGCGACUUGGCAGAUCCUCCCCCGACGCGGCCUACGGUGGGCACUAACCUUACUGACAUCGUGGCCCAGAGAAAGAUCACCAUCCGGGAGCUAGGGGGGUGCAUGGGCCCCAUCUGGUCCAGUUACUAUGGAAAUUGCCAUUCUCUCCUGUUCAUGAUCGACGCGUCUAACCCCACCCAGCUCUCUGCAUCCUGUGUGCAGCUCUUGGGUCUUCUUUCUGCAGAACAACUCGCAGAAGCAUCGGUCCUGAUACUCUUCAAUAAAAUUGAUCUGCCCUGUUAUAUGACCAUAGAGGAGAUGCAGUCAUUAAUCAGGCUCCCGGACAUCAUUGCUUGCGCGAAACAGAACAUCACCACAGCAGAAAUCAGUGCCUUGAAAGGCACUGGCUUGUCAGAGGUGCUGCAAUGGCUCCAGGACACCCACAGAAGCCACAGUUGACUACAGGGUGGAGGAAUGUGGCUGUCUUGCUCUGUGGUUCUUUGGACUCCAACCACCACAGACCUGCUCUCUCCACUGUGGUACAAGUUUCUGAUACACUGAUGGUGUGACCCUCACUGGAUAAAGCUGCUAUCAUGGGAAGAACCAAGCCUCGAGUCAGAAACAAGAGAAGCGUUUUCAUUGGUUCAUUUGUUAAGUAAACACUUAUUCCUCUGAGGAGCCUGGAAGAUAUAGGGUUCCCGCAGGUAGGCGAGGGCCAGGAGAGGCUCCGAUGGAGCAUGGGAGGUGCUGCCUGCGAGCUCAUCACUAGGCCCUCAGGGUCAAGGGUCUUGUGUCCCCUGUGUCCUUUUAGAGCCGAAGGAGCUUGCAGGAGAACACCUAUUGAUUGGUGUAUUUCUGUCCUAGGGCCCCUGUAACAAACAACUACAAACUGGUGGCUUACAGCAACAUAAACAUGCUCACAUUCUGGAGGCCAGAAGUCUGAAAUCAAGUUGUCUGCAGGGUUGGUUCCUUCUGGAGGCCAGAAGUCUGAAAUCAAGUUGUCCGCAGGGUUGGUUCCUUCUGGAGGAUCUGAAGGAAAAUCCAUUCCUUGCCUCUCUUCUGGCUUCUAGCUGCUGGUAAUUCUUGACUUGCGGCUUGCAGAACUUGAAUUUCUCCUUCUGCCUUUGUGUGGCUGCCUAUUUUCUUCUUAUAGGGACACCUAUCAUUGGAUUUAGGGCGCUUCUUGUAAACUGGUGUGUCCUUUGGAGAGGAGGUGGCUCACCCUAACUGUGGUGGGACCUUUCCUCCCCUCCCACCUUUGGGUUCCUCCACUGCUCUCAGGGGUCUGUUCUGGGUCCAAGCACCCGGGGCAUCAGAGUGCACUUUCCCGUGGCCUAGCCACCCCCACCCCUGAAGCUCAGUUGAGUUCCCAAAUCUGGGAACUGAUGAUGCUGAGGGAGCCACCGUUCCCAAAGGAUGUCUCUGCUUGUGGAUUCUUGUCAGCACACUUUGAUAGCAUCUGGAUAAGAACUUUCUUUAAUGGUUUGGCCUUCCCAUCAAAUCCAACACUAGGAUAACAAGGGAUAGCAUUAUGCAACAAUAUAAUGUUAAGUAUAACAUUGUACGUUACUACAUUUAAGUGUGACUAGGGCCAGCCCUGGUGUCCUAGUGGUUAAGUUUGGCACACUCUGCUUUGGUGGCCCAGGUUUGGUUCCUGGGUGGAGACCUACACGGCUCUUCUGUCAGGGGCCAUGCUGUGGUGCCAGCUCAAAUAGAAAAAGAGGAAGAUUAGCAACAGGUUUUAGCUCAGGGUGAAUCUUCCUCAGCAAAGGUAAAAUAAAAUAAAUGUUGCUAGUCUGGGAAAACACUUCCCUAUGAGAAAGUCCACACAUAGGGUGUUGCGAGGCCUGUGUGUACAAGUAAGACGGCCCGUCUGGGAUCACUGGUUUCGUCCCCACCCCCCAAUUUUGUGCAGAUUGUUUUCCCUUUGUACAGAGAGAAACCAGUUCAACCAUGUGGGAGGUUGGAACACACAAGAAGCUCCAUCUCUAGCCUUCACCUCUUUUUUUUUUUUUUUUAAUAAUUUUAUUUAUUUAUUUAUUUUCCCCCAAAGCCCCAGUAGAUAGUUGUAUGUCAUAGCUGCCCAUCCUUCUAGUUGCUGUAUGUGGGACGCGGCCUCAGCAUGGCCGGAGAAGUGGUGCGUCGGUGCGCACCCAGGAUCCGAACCUGGGCCGCCAGCAGCAGAGUGCACGCACUUAACCGCUAAGCCACGGGGCUGGCCCUAGCCUUCACCUCUUAAACGUCCUCUUUGAUGUACAUCCACAUCUCCUCUUAAAGAUCCUAGGAAUGAAGGGUAGGUGAGAGGUGGAAGGAUGCUGAGAUGCAGCUCCCUGAGUCAGAGCCUGGGCAGAACACCCUCCUCGACUGCUUUUUCAGUAUGAGUAAGGUAAUUAGUCUGGGAUGGCUGGUUUUGCCCCAGUUCCCCCAGUUUUGUGCAGAUGCAAUUUGUGUGACUGCUCGUCCUGGGCUAGGAAAGAAUAGACACUCAGACUUUGCUCUGUGUAGCUGUGGCCCAGCCAGAGCCCUAUCUGUCUCAGCAGCUCCCUCUGUCCCUGGAUGCUAUCACCUCUCCUAGUUUCUGGGUGAAGGAGGGUCGGGUUGACUGCUGUGGAGGGGGGGAA